GGAGGAUUGAGGUUAGCUCAAGGUUUGGAGUUUGGUAUUAUUGUUAUAUUUAUGAUCGUUAAUUUUUCCACAUUUGUUUCUUGCACCUGUUUUAAGAAAUAUUAAUAUAUUUUGGAGUUUCUGAUAAGAAUGCCGUACGCUAAUCAACCGUCAGUACACAUAACUGACCUGACCGAUGAUAACUGUAAAUUUUACAUUGAAGACACUGAUCUGAGUGUCGCGAACAGCAUUCGCCGCGUCCUUAUUGCUGAAACUCCUACUUUAGCCAUAGAUUGGGUAAAACUUGAAGCAAACUCAACAGUACUAGGUGACGAAUUCUUAGCACACCGAAUAGGACUAAUUCCUCUUGUAUCUGAUGAAGUAGUGCAACGUUUACAAUACCCUAGGGAUUGUGUAUGUCCUGAUUUUUGUCAAGAAUGCAGUGUUGAAUUCACCCUAGAUGUAAAGUGCACUGAUGAUCAAACUCGCCAUGUUACCACAGCAGAUCUGAAGUCUUCAGACCCCCGUGUAAUUCCAGCAACCUCCAAACAUAGAGAUGAUGAGUCAUCAGAAUAUGGAGAGACAGAUGAGAUUCUCUUGAUCAAACUGCGUAAGGGUCAGGAGCUCAAAGUUAGAGCUUAUGCAAAGAAAGGAUUUGGCAAAGAGCAUGCCAAAUGGAACCCUACUUGUGGAGUGGCAUUUGAGUAUGAUCCUGAUAACUCUAUGAGACAUACACUAUUCCCAAAGCCUGAUGAAUGGCCCAAGAGUGAAUAUAGUGAACUGGAUGAUGAUCAAUUUGAAGCCAACUUCAAUUGGGAACUCAAACCUAACAAGUUUUUUUAUAAUGUAGAAUCUGCAGGACUUCUGAGACCUGAGAAUAUUGUUAUAAUGGGUGUGGCCAUGUUGAAAGAAAAAUUGUCCAAUUUACAAACUCAGCUAAGUCAUGAACUUCAAAAUGAUGCUCUGUCAAUUCCUAUUUAAUAUUUUUCCAGUAUCAUUAUAGAUUUAAGAUAUCAUUUGAUUAAAUUGGGAUCAAUCUGAGUCUUGUAUUAUUUGUUUUGUAGGAGAAAUAUAUUUUAAAAUGUGUAAAUAACCUUUAUUCACAAUUCACAUAGGUACAUUUAAAAUAACUUAAUAUUUUUUAAAAACAACAACAGGCACUUUUAUAUUUCAGGUAUUUGAAAUUGUAAUUUCAAAAUAAAUUUUUGUCAUGAUAAGAAACAAUAGGAAACAAGACUAUUUACAAAUAUUUAUACCACAUCAUACUCACAUUCACUUAAGUACAUUUUGUAACCUAUGGCAAUUUCAUAUUUUAUUAAAAUUAUCAAUUAAAUUACUAUUUACAAAAAUGAUAUGUACAUUUGAAUUGGCAGUGAGGUUGCAUUUUAUAAUACAGUUUAGGUAUAUAAUACUAUUUAGUUUGUUUUGGUUUUAAGAAUCCUAUAAUCUUCAAUUCAUUACAAAAAACUAUGAGUUUUGAUUUACUGGACAUGAAUUCAACAAAACAUUAUGGAAUUCCUUCAUGUAUGACCAGUCGACUAGCUGAUUUUCUAUUGUAAGUUUCCUCAGACAUCCCUUGAAAUUUGUUAGGGAUUUCAAAGUUCCUGUGGGGGCAUUAUCUGAAACAAU